GGGUUUGGCACCAAUCUUCCUCCCAGAGUGCUGCCCAAAUCCAGCUUCCAGGCAGCUAAUCAAAGGCACUUGCAGCACCAGGGGAAGCAGUGUUGAAGCCGGUUUUGGCCAGCUCAGGGCUUUGCAAGCCCAGUGGGUCUGUCUGUCCGUGGGACUCUCUUAGAGAACUUCAAACUUCUUCAGUCACUGCCUGAGAUCUAAACAUGUGUGCACAGGGAUUCCUCAAGUUGGUGCUGCUGCUGGCUGCUUCACUUCUAACUCUGCUGCCUGCCAUUCCUCAAACUUUCUCCCUCUCCCUGCGGAGUGGCUCCCGCAGCGCCUCCUCAUGUAGACUGUCCCGUGCUGAGUCGGAACGCAGGUGUCGUGUCCCAGGGGGAAAGUUGUGCAGCGGCAGAGGCCAAUGUGACUGCGGUGUCUGCAUCUGCCAAGUGACUGAGCCGGGCAAAUACUACGGUCCGCUGUGUGAGUGCCAUGAGUGGGUGUGUGAGACUUAUGAUGGCGAGACUUGUGCAGGCCAUGGAAAGUGUGAUUGUGGGAAAUGCAAAUGUGAUGAAGGCUGGUAUGGUGACUCUUGUCAGUACCCAACUACUUGCAACCUUACACGGAAGAAGAGCAAUGAAAUGUGUAAGAAUUCUCAAGAUAUUAUCUGUUCUAAUGCAGGCAUAUGCCAAUGUGGUAGAUGCAAGUGUGAGAAUUCGGAAGGGAAUGGACUCAUCUACGGUAAAUUUUGUGAGUGUGAUGACCGAGAAUGCAUAGAUGAUGAAACAGGAGAGAUCUGUACAGGCCAUGGAAAGUGUUACUGUGGAAACUGUUACUGUGAGGCUGGUUGGCAUGGAGAUAAAUGUGAAUUCCAGUGUGACAUCACCCCAUGGGAGAUCAAGAAAAGAUGCACAUCUCCAGAUGGCAAAAUCUGCAGCAACAGAGGCACGUGUAUAUGUGGUGAAUGCACAUGCCAUGAUGUGGACCCAACUGGUGACUGGGGAGAUAUUCAUGGAGAUACCUGUGAGUGUGAUGAAAGAAAUUGCAAGGCAGUGUAUGACAGAUAUUCUGAUGACUUCUGUUCAGGUCAUGGACAGUGUAAUUGUGGAAGAUGUGAUUGUAAAAAAGGAUGGACUGGAAAGAAGUGUGAACAUCCACGUUCUUGUCCAUUGUCAGCUGAGGACAGCUCUAAGAAAUGCCAAGGAAGCUCUAAUUUACCUUGCUCUGGAAGAGGGAAAUGUGAAUGUGGCCAGUGCACUUGUUUCCCUCCAGGAGAUAACAGAGUUCAUGGUAAAACCUGCGAAUGUGAUGAUCGACAGUGUGAAGAUAUGGAUGGCAAUGUCUGUGGGGGCCACGGCCUCUGUUCUUGUGGGCGAUGCGUCUGCGAGGACGGAUGGUUUGGACAGUUGUGUCAACAUUCAAGAAAGUGCAACAUGACAGAAGAUGAGAGCAAAAGCUUUUGUGACUCAGCCAAUGGCGUAUUGUGCUCGGGAAAAGGUUCCUGUCACUGUGGAAAGUGCAUCUGUUCCCCCCAGGAAUGGUACAUUUCAGGGGAAUUUUGUGAAUGUGAUGACAGAGACUGCGACAAACAUGAUGGUCUCAUUUGCACAGGCAAUGGUGUAUGUAGCUGUGGAAACUGUGAAUGCUGGGAAGGAUGGAAUGGGAAUGCUUGUGAAAUCUGGCUUGGGACAGAAUACCCUUAAUCAUAACAUGGAGCAUCCAGGACUGAGGGGUUUGGUUUGGUUUUUUAGGCUGCUAGAACAAUUAAAUGCAAGGCAAACCACAUAGAAUAACCACCAGAAAUAUUCAAAUAGACCAAUGUAAGUUUCUGUAUUUCAUAACAACCAAUUGCAGGUCUACUCCUGCUCCUGUUGAAUUCAUUUGCAACACUCACAUUGACUUCAGUGGGACUGGGAUUGGCCUUAAAAGUCUUAAGGUUGAAUUCUUGGCUUCACUGAAGUGACACAAGAAAGCUUUAUUGCAUAGUUUAGCUUGUUGUCAAAUCUCGACACCAUUACAUAAUGAAAUGGCGUUCAUAUAAAAGACUAGAGCUGGAUGGAUAUUUGUCAAAAAAUGUAUCUGAUGUCAUUUCUGGUGUCGGUCAAAUAUAUUAUUAUUUGGCUGUGUUUUUCCCUUCCAAUUCUGAUUGUUUUCCAGCUCCAAUAACAAGAGAAGCUGUAAAUUAAUUAUUUUAUUUUUUGUCAGAGAUCUGCAGUUGUAUAACUGAGAUCCAAAUACCUAAACAACCCCAGAGAGUAGGUCAAUGAUCCAAAUUAUAAAACCAGACCCCACUGCUAGAACAGAGAAAUUAAAAAAAAAUCUUGAUUUCUGUGGUUACAAUAUCAUUAAGCUGGUUAUCUAGUCUUCAUACUACACUCUCAAAUACAUAACCUGUAGGGUGAGAAUUUUUUUAAAAAUCCAGUUAAAUGAGUUGCUAUAUUUAAUACAUAUCUUAUAACUUGUAUGUACUUUUAUCAUAGUGUUAUGUAUGUACACUUACCUAGUCAUCUUAAAAAGAAAAGCACAUGAAAAUGUAUUAGAUAACUUUUAGGAUGCCAAUUCUGUAUGCUAUUAGGACUCACUGUUUCGGAACAGAUUACACUAUCACACACGAUAUUCAUUGAAUCUUACUACUUUUAUAGAAGCUGGGAGUCUGACCAUCAGCUGAAUUAGGUACACUCUAUAGCACACUGCUGUCAAUGAAAGAUGUUCAGAUGAUGGAAACAAAAUAAUUUAAUUGCAGAUUUCAAACAGUAAAUACAAACAGUGCAGUGGUAUGAACAAAUUUUUUAUUUCUUAUCAAUGGUGAAAUGCUGCUCAGUGUGAAAUUCACAUUGAAUUAUGAAAAAUGCACAACUAUAUUGGGACUUCCCUAAGUUAUUUACAUUUGAAUCUUUUCCCCCCAACUUGUAGGUUUGGCAGCCCUUUAAUUCUUCAGAGCGAAAAAAUAUGUACAUUUUCUUUUCAAAAGUGAUUACAUAUUGUUAAAUUUGAUUAAAUCACAAAUAUCAAAUUUUGAUAUUGUUAUGUUGUGAUUUAGGUGUCAAGUUUCAGGCUUUUAGUUUGAUACAAGACUAAGAAAUAAGGAACCUGUGUAUUAAUUGAAAAAAGGUAUUUCCAUUAUUACACUAGAAAUUUGUUUUCUUAUAGAAAGGACACUGAUUAUUUAAGUUGGAAAAUACAACAGUACAGAACAUGUAACAGUUAUAGUGUGAAAACUUUAAGUGCGCUUAUUGAAAGGUUUUGAACAAUCAUUUCCCCCCCAUUUAGCUUGCUCUUGCUCUUACUGCAUUUUCUUUAAAUGUGUAGCUUUAAACAUAAAUAUAUAGCUUUUCAAAGCCCAUGUUCUCAGGGAGACAUAAUCCAGUCACCUCUAAAUGUCUGUGCAUAACUUAUUAAUGGGAGUUCUGCACAUUCACAGAGACAACUAUACCCAAAAGCUGCUACUGCCUCUCUUUAGAUAACCAAAAUAUCAGGCAGAGUUCUAAAAUGUAUUGAUGCAGCAUAAACAAACUUUGAAGUAAAACAAGUUUUGAAAUCACAUCUUAUAUUUUAUGGUUGCAACCGUUAAAAUUGUACAGAGAUUAGGUAUUUCAAUGUGUCAUUUUAACAUUUGCCAACGCUAGUCUUUGACUGGUGAACACAAGCUUGUUGGUUUUAUUUAUAUAUAAAUUAACACAGACCUGAAGUCUCUUAUAGUAAUAAAUGUCUUACAGGUGUGGGUAUUUCUGAGUCAAUGAAAGAAAAAAGGAAAUCAAGCUUCAUUAUGUCUCGCAUUUAUGUACAGCUAACAAAAUAGAAAAUCAAUGUUGUUUAGAUUGAAUAGAUACUUGGGAUCAUUUAAACAAACUAGCAAACAAAGAUAUAAAUACUGUAUCUUACCUAUGAUAUUUCAGGCAGACACAUUCCUAGAGUGGAAAAUGAUUCUCUGUAAAGCCAUAAAUUGCUGGAUAUCUGCGUGUCAUGUAAUAUUUGAUAUAUUUUAUUUUACUUUGUGAUUUUGUUUGUUUUCCUUUUAAGUUUGUAAACUAAAAUCAUAGAAGUGAUUCUAAUUUCUAGUAAGACAAACUUUUAAACAUUUCCACAACAGGUUUGUUUUUUAAUUUUCAAAGCUACUGGGGUGGAUUAAUAUAGCCUUUUUUAAAAAAAAAAGUUUUAAAAUUCUCUGACAAAGCUAGGGCCUGGGAUUAAGUAAAAUACAAAUGAUCAAAGCAAAACUGUGCUAUGAGCCAUAUAGUAUUUACCAAGACUGCUCAAAAUGUAAUGGAUAUCUAUUUUCUUUUCCAUUUUUUAUUCUUGUGUGUGUGUGUGGCUUGAACAUCUUUUUUUCCCAUACUGAGGAAACCAGUGAUAUGAGUCUCAGUACAUCUUCUAUGUAGCUUAUUCCCUUGCUAUAAAAAUAAGACUGGAAGAUAAAUAUUAUUGUUCCAUGUAUGUGAAAAUACUGUCUGCCUAAAUUGUAAAAGUAAAAAGAGGUGUGAAGGAGUGAAAUAUUUCCCAUUUAAUUCACAUAUACUAAUUAUGUCACUGCUUCCAGGUCUUGGGCAAACAGUAAUUCCAGAACGAGAAAGCUGGUUAGAUAAGGGGGGGGGAGUUUGAUACUGGCCACAUAUACAGUUCUCCAUUCUUGUGAUAAAAAGGGCACCAUCUGAAAAGUGCUAAGUACUACUUCUGAGCACUCUCAGCACUUUGCAGGAUUGUGGCCACUCUAUAUAACAUCUUCUCGGGUUUCAGACAUCAACUUGCUGUUCACUGUCUUGCUUGUAUCCAUGAUUUAGCAAAGGGAAAGGAUUACUGGGAGGGUAAAGGGCAAGCUGUCUUUCAGCAGCAUGUAGCUGGAGAUUUAAUCAUGUAUCUGGCUUGGUGCUUUUGAUGCACUGCCCUCCUCCUUCCUGGAAUGGCGACUCACUUUACAUCUAAAUUAUAUUUCAUACUAUAGUCUGGGGAUGAAUAAAGCGAAGUUGAAUAGUUCUAUGACUAGGCUCUAGAACAAAGAUUUUAUUACAUUUAAAAAAAAUAAAUCAUAGCAUUUGCAUUAGACAUCCUGAAAAAAUCUUGAAAUGUAUUGCACAGAUCACAAAUUUAUCCAAAGGGGCAUUUAGCAACACUAUAAUAGCUUUACUAUGUCUAAUUUUCCUACUUUUUCUAACCUGAAUGGAGUUGAAUAUUUCUACUUUGUACCAUAGAACAGAUGGAUCAACAAGACACACCUUUAUGCAUGGGCCAAACUUUUUCUACUCGAUUGACUGCUAUAACAUUACAGCAGCAGAGAUUUUGUCCCUCUGUGUGUAAACAGUUAUGAGCUUUACAAGAUUCUUUCAGGUAAAUACAGUGUGAAAGGAGGUCCUUUUAUUCUUUUGUGGGUUAUUUUUGUUAUACAAAUCAUAUGGAUGAAAAAAUGACAAUACAUAAACAUGUUGAUUUGAGCAUUGCUUAAAGAAUAGGAGAAGAAGCAAAAGAGGUGUUAAGUGAGCUACAAAGCACUUGUGAUCUUUCUUUAGAAGCUACUAUAGUUUUUCAUAAACAUGACCAAGCUGGUAAAGGUUCAUGUGAAUCUAGAAAACACUUUUUAAUAGUGCUUUGUUCAAUUUGUACAUAUCUACCUAAGAACUGGAUUUUGUGUAUGUGUAUGCAUGACUGGUAUUUUGCCAAAAGUGUUGCUGAAAUAAAAAUGAAUUUUGUUUCAGAGGGAAAAUGAAAAGAUAAUGCCCAUCUGCAUUAUUAAUAUACCUGUGCAUUAGUGAGAUAGUGAAGAGAUUGGCAUUUCUUUUUUGGACCACUGUGCAAACCAGGCUCUCUGGGAUUAAAUAAAAAGAAAGGAAGGAGCAAUACAAAAUACAGCAUGCAAAAGGUCUGGCAUACUGUAGAGUCGCAUAUAUUGCUGUACAUGGAAAUACAAAACACAAAAUCUGUAAAUAUAAAUUAAUUCAGCAGGUUUACUAUACAGUACUUUAGUAGUAACAGACAGUUGAAAAUAGUUUUCACUUAACAGCAACAUUAAUUUUAGAGGGAACAAAAUGGUGAAGUCUUAUCCUGGAAAACAGCAGGAGAGGUAAUAUAUUAAGGAGCUAAAAUUUUCUUUGGCAUGGUAAAGGGGGAGAAUUGAGUUUGCCAACCUAUCUACGUAGUUUUACUACAUUGUGGCCAGUGCAAUGUUAUUUUGCACAUUCUGCUUGUUUGAUAAAGUUGUUUUGUUUUUCAAUAUGCCUUCAUAUAAAUAUUUUAUUCAAUAUGUUGCCUCUGUGUAUACAACAAAUGAUAAUAAACACAAACUGUACAAUGCAAACAAACUCUUUGCAUAUAUGUAUGUAAAUUUAGUAAUACAUACCAACAGUUCUUGAUACGCAUAGCCUACUACAUGCAGUUCAUCAUUGCCAUCCUCUUCCCAUGCAACAGAUGAGACAAGAGACAAAAUUAAAGGCGUAACCAAAACACAAAUAACAAAGACCCCUGUGCUCUACGUUUAAACAGACUUUAGAAUAAAUUGUUGUAAGACAUCCAUUCACAGGAUUAAACACCCUUACAGACAACC